CUGACUAUACAGUUCAGUCAGCAAUUGAUGGGAGGUCAAUCGUCAUGUUGAUACGGCAACUUUCGGAGCUUUUCAGAAGCCCUCUUAAGUUCAUCCAAACAGGUCUGUGGUCAACUACCUUACAGCAAGUAGGUCCAGCAGUGAGCUUGUGCAGUGUGAGAUGGGCCUCUAAAAAGUCUGGUAGCAGCAAAAGAAACCAUGGAGGCAAGAGUAAAGGCAAAAGACUGGGCGUCAAGAAGCGUGAAGGCAGUUAUGUCCAGCCAGGGAUGACCCUUGUCAAGCAGAAGAUGGCAUUCCGGUGGUACCCUGGAAGCUUUGUUGUGACAGGACGAGACAGAACCCUGACAGCCCAGGUUGCCGGCCACGUCUACUUCACUCGCGAGCGGUGGCACCCCAGGCCCGACACUGCCUUCGGGAAGUCAAUUGCACCCACACUGUCAGACGAGGAGAUGACCAGAACAUUUGUCAACAUCCGGCCAGAGCUGGAAGUGGGGAGAUUCAAGCUCAAGGAACAGAUUUAAAGCUGUCAGUGCACUUUGGCUUCUGUGGCUCCUUGUGUUAUCAUUGCAGGACUUGGCAAAGUGCUUCAUUUCCCAAAGAUGGAGACUGUCUUUGUGUGUUUGAAUGUUAUCCGUGAUAUCUGCAGCUGGCCGUCAUUAUGCACUGAUGUUCCCAAACAAUUGUGGACGUUAAACAAAAGAAUUAAUGACCGUCCACGAUUCCCGAUACGUCCACGAUUGCCAAACAUGUACAAAACAUAUUAGAGGCCUUCCAAAAAAGUUAAAGUAUGAACAAAAGUGGACAAUAGGAACGUCCACAGUUGCCCCAAAACACGUUUGCGUGUGUGUGUGAUAUUCAUCAUGCUAACUGGGCCAAUGUAUAUUGGAAUGGAAAUGCUGCUUCAAGACAGCCUUGUUCUUUUGCCAUCAGGAACACCAAUUAUUUUAUCAUUUGGCCCUCACAGAGUGAAGUCUGUUAACGUGUCCAUGCUCGUUCACAAAUGCAUUGAACGCUCAAAAUUUAGUAUGUUUUUAGUCUCCAUAUCUGCAUUUGUAGUAAAACACCGCCAUCGUAACCAAUCCUGUCCCAAAAUGCCCCAUUUGGCUCCUCAAAUUCAAGCAUUCGGGAUGGACAUACAACAUAUUCUUAAAUGAUAUAACACAUCACUACACAGCCCACUAUUCACUGCACAGUUCACACCUGUAUUCAGUGAGUACAGUUUAUUUACACACACAGUUUCAAAGUUCAGUCUUUGUAUAUUGAACUGAUCACAGUUAAGUACAAGGCAGUGUCUUGAAAUCACAGUGAUGAAAAACAUGAGUCUCUUUCAAGCAGUUUAAUAUGAAAUAAAGAUUUACAUAAAAAUGCACAGAAA